GCAGUCUACUCAAAACAUGACAGGUGUGAGAUGUUACUACUGUCCCGAGUCACGAAAAAGAUGAUAAAAAGAAAUCCUGAGUAAAUUUUACAGUUAAACAAUGGUUGCUAACAGAGCCCUAGAGGCGGCAAAAAGUGGUGACAUUGCCAUCCUACAGUCUCUGGCUGAGCCCGCGCGAGAGGCCGAUAAACACGGAGCAACAUGUUUACAUUAUGCUGCAAGGGGAGGGAACGUCAAAACAAUUGAAUUCCUUGUCAAGAAAAAAGGAUUUAAUGCGAUCAAGAGAAGUAACGUUGGAGCUACGCCCGCCCACGAUGCCGCAGCCACGGGGAAUUUAGCAGCUUUGAAAUGGAUACUUGAAAACACCGAGUGUAAAGUUGACGAUCAGGAUGGUACCGGGGCCACUGUUCUUCACCUGGGUACCCGGUAUGGUCACGCCCAUAUCGUCAGUUACCUCUUGGAUGAUACUAAUUGUGAUAUUAUGAAGAAGACGGCAACUGGCGCAAUGCCUCUACAUUUUGCCGUUGUUGGUGGGAACUUGGAUAUUGUCAAGAUGCUCGUCAAAGAAGCCCCAAGAUCCGUGAACCUGCAGAUGAACAAUGGCGUCACUGCGGUGUACCUCUCCUGCCAGUCCGGCCUGCUCGACAUACUCAAGUUUCUCGUGCUCACGGCUAAUGGCUCCCUCAAGAUCAGCUCCUUUGAUGGGAUGACCAUCCUCCACGCUGCUGCACAGAAUGGGCACCUCAGCUGCGUCCAGUGGCUGAUAGCUGAACAGAAGUGCAACCCUAACGAGCGGGACUUAGAUGGUGUGUCAGCUCUACACUUCGCUGCCUCUCGGAGCCACCAUCAAGUGGUGGAGUGGCUGUUGAAACAUGGAGGCCGGGUGACACUAGACAACCUCGGGGGGAGUCCGCUGCACAAUGCUGCUGAGAUGGGACACAAGCAGUGUAUUCAAGUUCUGCUGGACAAUGGAUGUGACCGCAACAUCACAGACAACAAGGGACUGACCGCUGCGGAGCUCGCUGACAAGUGCAACCAGCCCUACUGUGCCGCCCAGAUACGGGGGGAAGUCACACUCCAGCCCCAAUCAGCCCAGCCGCCGCCUGCUGUCCCCAGCACCAGUAACGGGGCCCCAGAAAGACGCCCUCAGCCCAGCGGUUUCCAAGGAUACCGACCAACCAGACCUGUGUCAGUUGCCUCGUCUUGCUCCGACUUCGGUUAUUACACGAGUCGAGAAGCUGCCCGCGGGGGCAGACAGAUCACUGUACACGCAGAGGUCCAUACUAACAAGAAACUGGACAAUAGUCGACGUUUAUCCAAGGAAACCGGAGAGCCUGAAUGUGUCCUUCAACCAGGUAAAAGGUCAUCAGCACACAGAUCACCUUCACCUUCGUCACUGCGACCUCCAUCACCACCAGUGUCGCCACCGUACAACGGUCGCAAUCGUGGGUCAGUGGUGAGCGAGUUGUCAUCCACUGCGUCGACCUUAAGUUCUCUCUCGGCGUCGGCGUCACGGGAGUUUGAGGAAUCGGACGCACAGGACGGAAGAGUGAAAGCUCCUUCACCUCAGAGAGUUCCAUUCUCGGCAGCGAGAGCUCGGUUCGAAGGUCGUCCACCCACGAAGUACGACACCGUUCGUAGCUGUGACAGCUGUGAGGAGUCAGGAGAGACGAUUCCGACACACAACAUAUCGUCCUGGCGAUAUUCUGAAUUGUAUGCUCGGGGAAGGAAUGUUGUGAUUGAAGAAAAGGAGCCCAGUGAUAACAUGGCGUCACCAAGGGAAGCCACUCAGAAUGGUGGCUCCAAGAAGACUGUGAUUCAGAUCCGAGGCAGUACCAUUCGUAUUGAUGAUGGCACAGGUUCACGUGAUAUUAAGACACACUCGAGACAAAAUGGCAAUGUUACAGGCUCUGCGCCUGUGAAGUCCAGCCAGCCCAAGCUCAUUAUGACCAUGACCCCAUCUCCGGCUGACCUCUCUGCCAAGUCGACCGCGACCUCCACAGUUAAUGGAUCGGCUGCAAACGGACAGAUGACAAAUGGCUCCAUAUCUCCCAGAAACUCAGUAGGUCAGUCUGUUGUGAAAACCCAGUCGUCAUCAAGUGUGUCCGAGAACAAGACUGUCACUACCAGUAACGGAGUAACAAAUGGAAGUGCAUCAGCAUCCAGGACGACAGUGACCAAUGGGAGCUCCAUGGUUAAACACAGUGCCCCCCAUCCUGGUCGUCCAGUUGGCUUCAGUCCGCUAGGAAGCAUCAUGAUGUCCGCCCUGCCCCCUAAGGUGACCCCACAUGCUUCAGAUGUGCCGGCAUCACAGCAGAACUCACCCCCUUCGCCACCACUACCUCCACCCCCACCACCAGUGGAGGACCGCACUCCGUCGCCUAGCAACACAAACAUAAAACCAUCCAGUUUGUCCGGGGGCGCCUUCCAGAACCAGAACGGCUUCGUGAAGUCUGCACCACCGCGCUUCGACCUGAUAGCAGAGCUGCAGUCAGGACCGGGGAAAUCAGGAUUGAAGACGUCCAAGGGUCCUAACCGGGGCGCCACCAUGGUGUUCUCCUUCGGCAACGGGAACAUGGCUGCAGCCCAGCCUCAACCUUCCCAACCCAAACAGGCCCCGGCCGGCAGGUUAGAUGGGGAGUUUGACCCCAAGAACUUCCUUGACCAGGUGCCGGAGAGGGAUUCCUCCGGUCAGCCAAUCCCCCAGUGGAAGAAGCAGAUGCUGGCCAAGGGCAUCGCAGAGAAGACUCAGAAGGAAGCUGAAGCAAGGCGGAAGGUUGAAGCGGAGGAAGCGAGAUUCCGGAAUGUGCCGGCCUGGAAGCGAGCUCUCAUAGAGAAGAAGGAGACAACUAGCAAAAACUGAUGCCCAAGCGAAAUAAUGAGGUGGUUCCGGCACCUGCCAAACCUGUGACUGUCAAUAACACAACAAGUGUGGACGAAGAUGGUCGACCUUUGACCUCCUGGCAGACACAGCUUCGGAAGAAGAAAGGCGUUGUCAAUUAGUUAAUUGUUGUUCAGCUGUUGGAAUACAGGCUGAUUCUGUAGUUUAUGGUUGGUCAGAUUGCUGUCUCGUCUGUCACAGCAUGGGUACUUUGUUAGAUCCUUCGGGCAUACCACAGCCUCACACACCACUCAACACGACAUACCACAGCCUCACACAGCACAACAGGACAUACCACAGCCUCACACACCACUCAACAGGACAUACCAUAGCCUCACACACCACUCAACAGGACAUACCACAGCCUCACACAGCACAACAGGACAUACCACAGCCUCACACACCACUUAACACGACAUACCACAGCCUCACACACCACUCAACACGACAUACCACAGCCUCACACACCACUCAACAGGACAUACCACAGCCUCACACAGCACAACACGACAUACCACAGCCUCACACACCACUCAACAGGACAUACCACAGCCUCACACAGCACAACAGGACAUACCACAGCCUCACACAGCACAACAGGACAUACCACAGCCUCACACACCACUUAACACGACAUACCACAGCCUCACACACCACUCAACACGACAUACCACAGCCUCACACAGCACAACAGGACAUACCACAGCCUCACACAGCACAACAGGACAUACCACAGCCUCACACAGCACAACAGGACAUACCACAGCCUCACACAGCACAACAGGACAUACCAUAGCCUCACACACCACUCAACAAGACAUAUCAAAAAGGGUCACACACCACUCAACAAGACAUAUCAAAAAGGGUCACACACCACUCAACAGGACAUACCACAGCCUCACACACAGCACAACACGACAUACCAUAGCCUCACACACCACUCAACAGGACAAACCAUAGCCUCACACACCACUCAACAGGUCAUACCAUAGCCUCACACAGCACAACACUACAUACCAUAGCCUCACACAGCACAACACUACAUACCAUAGCCUCACACAGCACAACACUACAUACCAUUGCCUUAUAAGAAGUAGCAUACAGAAGCAAAGUAAGAAAUACUAGAAGAUAUAUUUCCCAUAGGGAUGAUGUGUGACAAGACUUGAUGAAGAUGUGCUUAAACAUCAAGCAAGUCUGCUGUUAUGUUGCCAACUAUUUUCAGUGAUGGAAAUGAAGACAUUAGUUGAUCAUUGCCCAGACUACCAGACUACUUGAAGACAGUUCUUGCCGAUGUUUGGUUUGUCAGGUUGAUAAGCAUGAUAAUGCUCCCAGAACCAUCAUGAUAAUGGUAUAGGAACUGAAACUUUGACUAUCUGUCCAUAUUUAAUGGGUCUGUUAUGAUCUAUAUUUAGUUUAUCUGCCAGACUUAGUACUUGUAUGUAUGUCUGAUGAGAGGACGGUACUUUGUCUGGAGAUUUAGUCCUGGGAUGAAGAUGCAUAUCAAAAAGAGACCGUGUUAUUGUUGUCUGUUAUCACAUGUACAUAUCCCACGUAUCCCAGGUCACAUUUGUCCUAUCCACUGCUCAUGACAGGAAGCUGCUGCAAUAUGGAUGUGGAGUUUUGGGUGAAUAUCUAUACAUGCAUCGUCUAUGCCUAUUAUUCAGAGGAGCUCUAUCGGUGUAGAGUUCUGUAAGUGUAUUAUAUACAUACACAUUCACAAGCACACCAACACCAACACACACACUCUAUAUUCCUUGACUUCAGCUGUAAAUAUGCAAAUAUACUGUCCAUUGUGAUUAUUCAAUAUGUAAUUGAGUUGUGAUGUGAGAUAUAUUUUCAUUUGAUUGUUUUGUUUAAUAUCAGAAAUACGUAUUAAAAAUUUAACAGAUGUUGCAGAUGUUACAACGCUUUAAUACUUGAAGGAAUUAGCAUAAGAAUUGUACAGCAUUUUGGAAUACACUUUGCAAGUAAUUCGUCAUGAAUGAUGACACUAGUUGUACAUAUACUGUGAUGUUCAGGAUUAUUCCUAAGCCUUUGAUACUAAGGCCGUCUGCACAAAAUAAGUGACAUACUGGUUGGAUCUAAUGGCGCCAGAAUUAUAGGACCCAGUAUAGAUAGGGAUAAUGAACUAUAACAUUGUGACAAAACUCUGAAAAUAAAAAUGUAUUGAAAUGAGUAUUUAUUUUAACUUAAAAGGAGAUGUGUCAGCCACAUGUGAAUAACAAAUACUGGUAUGACAUCUCCAAGAGAUAAGUCACAUUCCUCAUUGAGAGUAUACAUAUCAAACGUUGAACAGUUUAUCUUUCUCCUGCAUUCCAUUCCUGUUUUCUUGGGUUGUCUUUUUAUUGUUUUUGUUCGAUCAUCUUUUAGCCGUGACUUGUUUAUUGGAUGUUGCUAGCCUUGAUCCUUGUGCUCCCUGUGGUGGACAGUGUGUUGUGCUGACAUCAUUCCGUCACCUGCUGGAUUAUUGUGAUCAUUCCGUCAACGACAUGAACUACAUUCCAACGGCAACAUCGCACUGUGUCACAUUGUCUUAAACGAUAGGUCCAGAGAUGCCAACACUACGAUGAUGCAAUUAGGAAUAUGUUGAUAAUUGGGUCUUUAUUAGUCAUUUACACAAAUUAGUGGUCAUUAUGAUGAUGACUAUCUUUUGCAUUGCAUUAUCACCAGAAGUUUUUUACAGUGUUUCUUAUCA